AAAUUCCCCGGCUCUCUCUGUGUAUCGCACUGCGUUGUAGUUGGCAAGUUCUGUGUGACGACGGCCUUUUGGACGGCAUUUGGCCCGCCGUGACAAACGCACGGACGGACGGACGGUCGGAUGGAUGUACCGAAGGAAGGAAGUGAGUGAGGCCACACGAAGACUGCGUGUCGGAAGUAUCCCGAACUGUAGAGUUCCUAAAGCUGUUCCGCUCCAGUUUUGACUCCGAACUGACAAGCCGUGUGUUCAGAACUAACCAGGCGGCAAAAAGGCAAACAACCAGCUGGUUGUCGGGACGGAACUUCCAAAACACCGAAGAAUUGAUCAUUCAUUCAAACAGAGGGCUUCCCCAGUGCAAUAGAGUAGAAAGAUUUAUUCGAUUUACUCUCUAGGACGCUGUCGUGUUGCUUCCCCGAUGGUUCCAAGUUCAGGGGUUUUGAUUCGAUUAGUAUCAGCUCGUUGAUUAUGGUUCAAAUAAUUUAAUUUCACCCUCCCCGGGCUCAGUGCGGGCGAUAAAAAAGACUUUCAUUGUGACGCGUGCAGUACAAUCAACAGAUUUUGUUUUCAUUGGUGGACUGCUGUAUCUGGUACCGGUACCGAUACAUUCUGGAACCUCUCGGGGAGUAAUCCUUCGUCCGGCAGGGUAGUUUCGGUGUGAGUGUGGAAAUCAACAAAUCAAACAAGUCCGCACCGAAAUCGAGUGAGUGGGGCAGUGCGUUUCUUCCAAGUGAUUUGGUGAUCAGUGACCCCGAGAAUUUGAACUCCUGAACUAGACGUUUGUUGGACGCUGUGCAGACGAAGACAGGAAAAAAAAAAGAGCUAAAUCAAAAGCAGAACAAAUCAGUCAAAGUCAUCACCAUCUUCGACCUCCAGUAGUUCCCCGCUUCGCCGAUUUCAAUGAACUAUGGAAGUGUGGCUGCCACCGAUUAAAACUUGAACAGGAAGUGAGUCGAAUGCUGCGAGCAAAGGGUCAAUAGAAGAGCAAGCGGAAACGCACAGGAAGACAACUCGUGGCUGUCACGGCCAAGAGGGAAGAAACCGAGUAGCAAAAACUAGCCGGGUAACCGGACCGAAACAUGGGACACUUGAGCGGUGGGAGCAAACAGCGAAAUAAACAGCGGCGGCACCAUCAGAAGGAAGCAGCCCUUCGACGGGAGGAGCGCAUGCGGAAGCUGCUCGAUGUAGAUGUUAUGAAAUUGCCACUUCGACUGGACAUCAAGAGGCGGUUAACGUCCCGCUCGGAUCGCGUAAAAUCGGUCGAUUUGCAUCCCACGGAACCAUGGAUGCUGUGCGCUCUAUACAAUGGCCACGUACACGUAAUGAAUUACGACAACCAGCAGCUGGUGAAGGAUUUCGAAGUGUGUGACAUUCCGGUACGAUGCGCACGAUUCGUGGCCCGCAAAAACUGGAUCAUCACCGGUUCGGACGAUAUGCAGGUGCGGGUGUUCAAUUACAACACCCUGGAGAAGGUUCACUCCUUCGAGGCACACACAGAUUAUGUGCGCUGCAUUGCAGUUCACCCGACACAGCCCCUGAUUCUGACCUGCAGUGACGAUAUGCUGAUCAAACUGUGGAACUGGGAGAAGAUGUGGUCCAUGCAGCGGGUGUUCGAAGGUCACAAGCACUACGUUAUGCAGAUUGUGUUCAACCCGAAGGAUAACAACACAUUUGCCAGUGCAUCGCUGGAUCGGGACGUUAAGGUGUGGCAGUUGGGAUCGAAUGUGGCCAAUUUCACGCUGGAAGGUCACGAGAAGGGUGUGAACUGUGUGGAUUACUACCAGGGUGGCGACAAGCCGUACCUAAUCUCCGGUGCUGACGAUCGGUUGGUCAAAAUUUGGGAUUACCAGAACAAGACUUGUGUGCAAACAUUGGAAGGACACGCCCAGAACGUGUCGGCCGUUCUGUUCCACCCGGAGUUGCCCAUUGUGCUGACCGGAUCGGAGGAUGGCACUAUCCGAAUUUGGCACUCGGGUACCUAUCGGUUGGAGACAUCGCUUAAUUAUGGUUUCGAACGGGCGUGGACGAUUGCCGCAAUGCGGGGCACAAACAACGUUGCGCUGGGCUAUGACGAAGGCUCCAUCAUUAUCAAGGUGGGCCGCGAGGAGCCGGCCAUGUCGAUGGAUGUGAACGGAGGCAAAAUCGUGUGGGCACGACAUUCGGAAAUGCAGCAGGUCAAUCUCAAAGCGCUACCCGAGGGUACUGAAAUCAAAGACGGUGAAAGGUUACCGGUGGCGGUCAAAGACAUGGGCGCCUGCGAAAACUAUCCACAGACGAUUGCCCACAACCCGAACGGACGAUUCGUGGUCGUUUGCGGCGAUGGCGAGUACAUCAUCUACACCUCGAUGGCGCUGCGAAAUAAGUCGUUCGGUUCGGCUCAGGAAUUCGUGUGGGCCGCGGAAAACAGCGAGUAUGCCGUGCGCGAAUCCAGCGGAGCCGUAAAACUGUUCCGCAACUUCAAGGAGCGGAAGAGCUUCACUCCGGAUUAUGGCGCAGAAGGUAUAUUCGGCGGACAACUGCUGGGAGUUAAGACCUCCUCCGGGUUAUCAUUCUACGACUGGGAGAACCUCGAGCUGAUUAGAAGGAUUGAAGUUCAACCAAGACACGUAUUCUGGAACGAAGCUGGCACGCUUGUUUGUCUGGCCACGGAAGACUCCUACUUCAUCCUGCAGGUCGACAUCGGCAUGAUUCAGAACGCAUUGGCCACAAAGCAGCAGGUUAGCGAAGAUGGGAUCGAGGAAGCUUUUGAGGUGCUGGGAGAAGUCCACGAAAUGGUUCGAACCGGAGUCUGGGUUGGUGACUGCUUCAUCUAUACGAACUCCGUGAACAGGAUCAACUAUUACGUCGGGGGUGAGAUUGUCACCGUUUCCCAUCUCGAUAGGACGAUGUAUUUGCUGGGAUAUGUGCCGAAGGAUAAUCGACUCUACCUCGGCGACAAGGAGCUGAAUGUGACCAGCUAUGCGUUGCUCCUCUCGGUGCUCGAGUACCAAACCGCGGUGAUGCGACGGGAUUUCGACACAGCCGACCGAGUGCUACCCACCAUCCCGAAGGAGCAUCGCACCCGCGUGGCACACUUCCUCGAGAAGCAAGGUUUCAAGCAGCAGGCGCUGCAGGUUUCAACCGAUCCGGAGCACCGGUUCGAUCUGGCGCUGCAAAUUGGCGAUCUGGAUACAGCGCUCGAGCUGGCACGAGAAUCCGACAGUCCCCAAAAGUGGUCCCAGCUUGCCAGCAUCGCGACCAGCAAGAACAAGUUCGACCUGGUCAAGGAGUGUCUCACCAACGCGAACGACUACGGCGGUCUGCUGCUGCUGGCCACCAGCACGGGUGACGCCGAUAUGCUGCAGAAUCUGGGCGAGAACGGUGAAUCACAGGGGAAGUUCAACAUCUCCUUCCUGUCGAUGUUCUUGCUGGGCGAUCUAGAGAAAUGCUUGGACAUUUUAAUUCAAACCAAUCGGAUACCGGAGGCUGCAUUCUUCGCCAGAACCUAUAUGCCCAACAAGAUUUCAUACGUGCUGAACAUUUGGCGGACGGAGCUGGGUAAAAUCAACGAGAAAGCCGGCCAGAGUUUGGCCGAUCCGGAGCAGUACGAGAAUCUAUUCCCUGGUUUCUACAACGCGGUUAAAACAUACCAAUUUCUGCAGCCAGAAAGAGCGACUCUGCUGCCAGCCAGCUCCGCUAUCAAUGUCCCACUAAACAUCGAGCGCAAUCCGGUGGAAGAAAUGACAGCAGCUGAAAAUGAAGGACGAUUUGAUUACGAUCCGAGAAUUAACAGAGAAGGAUACGUUCCGCCGGCGAAACCUGAGGCUGAUGCAACGGAACCUGAACCAGCUACCAUCGUUACGGGCGAGAUAUUAAUCCCAACACUCGCAUCGGAUGUAUCUGCCUCCCUGCCUCAACCUCCGACUGUAAAUCCAAUCAAGCGAAAGAGCUCGCUAGAGGACUUCGAGUCGGAAAUUGAAGCACUGAACCUGGACGAUAAUAUUGACACUUCGGAUGUAAAUAUAGACGACGAUUUGUUAAGUGAUUGAGAAUGGCGGAUAUUCCGAUAGGAAGCAGACUGCGGUGUAGCGAGAGAAAUAAUAAUGAAAAGUAAUUCCCCUUUUUAGUAGUGCUAGUAAUAGAGAGAAUAUAGAAGUUUAUUACAAUUAAACACUGAGAAGAAACAAAAACUGAACCACAAAAAAUAAUGUUAUCGAAAUGGUUAUCCGAGCGAAUAUUGGGUAAGGUGAUGAAAGAAAGCAAACAAACAAUUGGAAGAUUUGUAAAACAAAGCGUAACAGGAGAAUUUUGAAUCAAACGAUUGAUAAACACGUGCUGCACUUGGAGAAAUAGGUGGUAAAAGUAUAGCAUUUAGAGAAUAUUAACCUGACUUCAACAGUCCUGUCCUUGUCUUUUAACACCUCCGUCAUUUGAAGAAGACGAAGCAGAAACAGUUAAUGUGUAGUUAUAUCAACCAAAAUAAGGCAAGUAGCAAAGCACCUGGGAAGGGAAUCGUUUUCCGGAUGAUAAUUACCAACCGACUCGCGCAAGGACAAAUAGAUUUGACCAAAUAUUCCAAAACGAAACAAAAAAAAACGGUCGCGCAAUAUGUGGUUUCCAAUUUGAGCCCGAAGGUGUGAAGUUUGAUGACACCUACAUCUUACUUUUUUUAUUACUAACUAGGAUAUAUUUUGUAUCGUUAUCAAAUAUUGAUUAUUGUCAUUAUGAGUAAUUAUUAUCUAUAUUUUGUCUCCUGAUUAUAUCUGCAGAAAACAAACAAAAAAACAGCAAAUCAUUAAACCGAAAAACCAACAAUAUAUUAAAAGUAUGUAUAAAAUUCA